GCUGCAUUCAAAAUAGUCCAAUCCCACGUUUUCGGGGGAGGUAACAACAAGACACGUGAACACGAAAGCCGGAAGUAAAUAGCCUACAUCGGACUCUCGGUGCCACGGAACAUAUCUGCACCAACUAUGCUCCCGGGCUACAGUCCUGUGACCCAGGCUCUCCUGGGGACCCUGUUCACCUGGGCCCUGACUGCUGCAGGAGCGGCCCUCGUCUUCAUCUUCUCCAGCAGACAGAAGCGGAUCUUGGAUGGAAGUCUGGGCUUUGCAGCCGGGGUCAUGUUGGCUGCGUCCUAUUGGUCGUUGCUGGCCCCGGCGAUAGACAUGGCCAAGGAUUCUGGGAAGUACGGCUCGUUUGCGUGUGUGCCUGUUGCCGUGGGUUUCACCCUGGGUGCUGCCUUCGUCUACUUGGCCGACCUGGUGAUGCCUGCUCUGUCUCUCUCUCUCUCUCUCUCUCUCUCUCUCUCUCUCUCUCUCUCUCUCUCUCUCUCUCUCUCUCUCUCUCUCUCUCUCUCUCUCUCUCUCUCUCUCUCUCUCUCUCUCUCUCUCUCUCUCUCUCUCUCUCUCUCUCUCUUUCUUCUCCAUACAGAUAAGAUAGAUAACGGUGAGGUGUACCAGCGGCGGAAAGGAGCCCACUCAGGAAACUCCGAGGGACAGGAAGCUGGCGUCAGGCAACAGGAAGAGGCAGGACAAAGCGAGAAAGAGAGGAACAGCUGGCGACGGAUUGUCCUCCUCAUCCUGGCCAUCACCAUCCACAAUAUCCCAGAGGGCUUGGCUGUAGGAGUGGGAUUUGGAGCCAUUGGAAAGACUUCUUCUGCCACAUUUGAGAGUGCCAGGAAUCUGGCCAUCGGGAUUGGCAUCCAGAACUUCCCAGAAGGCCUUGCAGUGAGCCUUCCUCUGAGGGGUUCAGGGAUGUCCACAUGGAAAGCCUUCUGGUACGGCCAGCUCAGCGGGAUGGUCGAGCCCAUCGCUGGGCUGCUAGGCGCGGUUGCCGUGGUGCUAGCGGAGCCGCUGUUGCCGUACGCUCUGGCGUUCGCUGCCGGGGCGAUGGUGUACGUGGUGGUGGAUGACAUCAUACCCGAGGCACAAGUCAGUGGAAAUGGAAAGCUGGCAUCCUGGACGUCCAUCUUGGGUUUUGUGGUGAUGAUGUCGCUGGACGUGGGUCUGGGCUAACAGAAGCCUGGCGUCUGGAGCCCCUAGCUAUCGCAAA